AUGAGGGGGGUCAUACCUGUUGAUGUGUUGCGUAAUCGACAUAUAUCAAUUGGAAGCCAUAGUCGGGUUGAAAAAUUAUCUAAUGACGUGUAUCUUGAGGUUGGUCAAUGUUUAAUGAAUUUAAAAGGUAACGAGGAGAAGUUAACUGCCUUUCUUGACAAUAUCCGUUCAUGGAAGUCAGUUGUGCUAAGCGAUGUGCCUAAGAAACUCGAUUUUACCAACAAAUAUGAUGUGCUUCAGUCGUUGGUAGGUGUUCCUCUACCGGAGAAAAUUGAUAUUCUUCCCCCUCAAGGCAUUCAUAACAAAGGUUGUGGCACUAGUAAGCGUCUGAUUGGGGCGGGAGAGAGAGCCAUAACAAAAAGCAAACGGCCGAAAAGACCAUGUCGAGGAUGCAAGGAGCUUGUCAAUCAUGAUAUACGAAAUUGCCCCGUGAGGAAAGCCACUUCCAAUUAA